UCUCCGGGAAUUAUUCACUUCCAAGUUCCAACGACAGAGAAACUGAAGAAGAAGAAAGGACUUUCCUUUUCCCUUUCAGGGUCCGCCCUCUGCUGAGCUCUUCACUGGGGAAAACCACUCAAUUUUGCUCUAGAGAUUUUGCUCUUUCCAAGCGCCAUAUGAGUUUCAUUUCUCUUCUACAUGUUACCCAGGGUAUCAUGGAGAUCAGUACUUCAAGACUUCUUGAUAAUCAAGUGCUGCAGCCAUCAUGGAAACCAAGAACAUUAGAUUGGUUUCCCAGCAUAAAAUUCCCACAAGCUGUUGCCUUCUCAAAUAGGGCGUUUCAUUCUGAUGGAUCUUCGCUUAGAUCACUCUAUAAGCAUCAGAAAGCCAGAAGAACAUUUUCGAUGCCAGUAAGCAUAGAGGAAUCGGCCUUUCUCCAAUCAAAUAAUGAUGAAGAUGCAGAUCUUAUUGAUGAGGACGACCCUUCUGAGGACCCCGAGGAUCCCUCUGAGGACCCUCUCAAUCGACCGUUGACUGCUGAGGAGUUGAAGGCAUUGCUUCUUGACUCCGAGAGGGAAAAGCUUACCAGAAAACUUAGUGAGGCCAACCAACAGAACAGGUUUCUCAAACGACAGUUGUUCAUAAAGGAAGAUGCACUAGUGAACUUCAAAAGUGAACUUGCUGUUAUGGAGCUCGAAAUCCAGGCUAUGGUUGCGCUGGCAGAAGAAAUAGCUAAAGCUGGAAUUCCUGAAGGUUCGAGAAAGAUUAAUGGGAAAUACAUACAAUCACAUCUUCUAUCACGAUUAGAAGCAAUCCACGAAAAGUUGAAGGAACAGAUAAAGGAUGUGGAUGCUGCACAGUCCAAGGAGGUGCCCUUAUUCUGGAUAGGCAUGGCAGAGAGUGUACAAGUAAUGGGCACAUUUGAUGGUUGGAGUCAAGGGGAGCAUCUAUCACCUGAGUAUACCGGUUCUUACACGAAGUUCUCAACUACAUUGAUGCUCCGACCUGGAAGGUACGAGAUCAAGUUCUUGGUGGAUGGGGAGUGGCAGCUAUCUCCAGAAUAUCCAACGGUUGGUGAAGGGAUGAUGAAGAAUAACUUGCUGAUUGUGGAGUAGGUAGUUCAAAAUGUUAGGCAACUCUUAUAUAUGUGUAAGAAAAUGACAUGAUGUUGCCCGUUUCUUAGGAAUUGGCUCAUAUCUACAGCAGGCUUUUCGGCAAGCUUUUGUAAACAUGCUUCAAGUUUUGUGUCGAACUUUCUUUGUAAAUUCACGUAAUCCUUGUGAAUAAGAGCUUGGCUCGACCAGAAAAGAUGCAUCCACCUUUCCUCUU